ACCGCUUGGGCCUGUGAAUGGGACGCGAGAGGCGGUUGGCCCAGCCCGACAUUCAGGGGCAUCGGUUUACUAUUUCUUUGAAGUUUAGUUUGUCAGAUUGUAGUUCAGUCGGAAGCCCCCCGCCAGACAUUAUUCGGUUACCGUUAAAGGAAGGGCAAACGGACCAAAAAGCAUCAGGUGCACAGAACAAAGAGAAAAGUGGCACCAUGUCACAGAGGACAGAGCUCACCAGGUGAGCUCUACUGCCGCCAUAACUGGAAACCACCUGUUGCCUCCAGGGACUGUUAGACAUGGCAGUGGCGCUGGGGGACACACCCCAUGUACAGCCCACCGAGAUGAAGGAAAGCACAGAAGCCAAAAAUUUUCAUCCAGGGCCGCCAUCCAGCUGUCCUCUCCCUUCAUACUUGGAUGAAGAUGAGGAUCUAAACAUGUCCUCCAACUCUGCAAUGACAACAAAAGAGCUGCAGGAGUUCUGGAGGAAUGUGAAGAACCCAAGAAAACCAGUCAAGCUGCUCUUUGAGAUCCCUUCAGCCAGAAUUGAAGAGCAACAGUUGUCAAAAUAUGUGAUGUACAAGAUUGUGGUGAUCAAGUCUGGCAGUUACGAUGACAAGAAGGUGUCCAUUGAGCGGCGCUACAGUGACUUUGAGAGGCUCCACCAGAACCUUCUGAAGGACUUCAGUGAGGAGAUGGAGGGUAUCUUCUUGCCACGGAAGAGGCUCACAAGUAACUUCAAUCCAGAGGCCAUCAGAGAGCGCAAGGCGGCCUUCAAAGAGUAUCUGGGCUCGCUAUACUCCUUUAAGUGCAUCCGUUGGUCGUUCACCUUCAUGGCUUUCUUCACUCACCCUGAGCUGAAAGAGGCCCACAGCUGCCUGAGGGGAGGGCACUAUGCCAAAGCUGCACAGCUCCUGCUGCCAGUCAUUGAUUUACAAGAGAAGGUGACCCAACACAACCCUAAGCUGCUUGUGCCCACCUUGUGUGCCCUGUUAAUCUGCUACAAAGACAUGGAAGACAGUCCCAAAGCCUUUGAGAUGGGCGAGAGAGCGCUUUCACUUCUGUGCAGAAACAGGAAGCAUCGGUAUAAGUGUCCUCUCCUGGUGGCACAGAUAGACCUGGGCUAUGAACUGGGCUUUGACAUCACCGAUCUGCAGGCGGAGCUUUCGGAGAUACAGGCCACCCAGUUGAAUGAAGUAUCCUUGCUGUCUCUCAAGGAGCUGGUCAUCCAGGAGUUUACAGACUAGCCAGCCACUAGAUGGCACUGUGCCCUCUUCAUUCAACGGCUCCACAGUCCCUUCCUCUGCUUGAGCUUGUAGUGUUCAGCCGCUGAGGCUCCUCAGCACAUUUGUUUUGCUUGAAAGCAUGAAGUCGGAGUUCUGCUUUCUUUGGUCUGACUCCAGACAGAGGUCAGGGGUUUUUGUAAUAGCUGUGGCCAUAUGCAAAGCGGUAGGAGGGGUCACCAAAUCUAGAAAACACAUCACGGAUUAACAGACAUGGUGGCCUGAAGGGUGCUGGGCAAGACACACGUAAAGCCAUGACCUCACAUGACGGGAGUGUGUCUUUUGUUAAUUCAUACAGAUGUAUCACAACCAUAACAACAAUCAUAUUACUAAUGUAGGUUCAGUGAAUUGAUGGUGUGAAACUGGUCCGUGAGGGGUGUGUGUGUGUGUGUGUGUGUGUGUUCACCCUGUGAUGUCCUUGCGCCCUGUCCACGUGUGGUUCCUGCUUUGCACCCGAUGAUUGCUGGGAUAGGCUCGAACUGGCCCACUCCCCUGACCCGGAUAAGUGGUUUAAGAUGGAUGGAUAAUAAUAACAACAAUAAUGUGCGGGUGCUGAAUAAUCUUAUGAUGCCCCUGAGGCCUUUUGAACUAAACAACCAAAAUGUCAAACCCUCAGUGCCAACGCAAUAGAUUUUUAGCUUGGAUGUCUUUGCUCUUCCGAUGUGUGCACUGAGCCAUGUGCCAUGUGAGGGCAAUGAGUCCUAUCUUGUGUCAGAUGCUGCCAAGGUAGACUCUGGCCUCCACAACCCUGUUUUGGAUGGAUGGACAGACAAAUAAGAACACGUGGCAUGGGCCCACACAUUGUAGCGGCCCUUCAGGUACAACCUAACAUGAAUGCCACAGGUCACACCCCUCACCCACCUGGGCCACCUAGUGGCAGUGUAAGGUUUUCAUCCGGGAUAAGAAGCUCAUUAUCAGGCCCCCCUCAAGAUCCACCCCAAGCAUUUUAAUGUAAGCCCAGCAGGGGCACUACCAGGGAGGAGCAGUGGGUCCAACUGCACUAGGGCCCUGAUCUAAGAGAGCCCACUAGUAGUAAAGUAAGUGGAGGGGGACCGUCCAUAGAAUAAAUAACCUUAACAUUAUACAGUAUGUGAAGUUGUGUUUUAUCCCAUAGCCAUAUUAGUCUUAAAGUAAACCACAGUGUGCCAAUGAUUUUCACAAUUGGGCAUUUAGACCCCGUUCUUCUAAACUGGGUAACUGCUGUUUGUUAAGACAUCAGUGCGUGACCUGCGACUUUGUAAGACUGAGUAACAGACCGCCUUACUUUGUAGUUACAGUAUGCCUGUUAGUGUGAGGCACUUGAUGAAGACAAUACCAAAGUGUAAGUCACGUCCUGAAAAAGGCAAAGAACUGAAAAGACAAUUAAAAAAAA